UUCCCUCUUUUUCUCACGGCUUCCUCCGUUGCAUUCUUGUCUUUCCCUCCAUCUCUCUCUCUCUCUCUCCUCUCUCCUCUCGCGCCGUCUUCCCCCACCUUCUCUCGUUUACUCACGCACAGAAACACACACAUAGCCUGACAGGAGAGCGCAGCGUGGAAAGACUAAACCCGUUCACCAAUUCUGCCUCAUUCCCUGCCACCUCUGCCGUCUUUCUUUCUGUGGCGGAAAUCUGGCUGCACCGGGGCCACUCCAUCAUCAGGCAUCAGCGAAAGACAGAGAGGCCCAGUAAGGUGAGAGUCAGAUCUUGGUGGUAAGGAUAGAGAACGUAACCUCUCGGCAGGCUGGCCACACUCCCCACUCCCCACUCUCCUGCCUCCAUGUAUCCCGAAUCUACCACAGACUCUCCUGCUCGCCUUUCCCUACGACAGACUGGCUCGCCUGGCAUGAUAUACAGUGCUCGCUAUGGAAGCCCCAAACGACAGCUGCAAUUCUACAGAAACCUUGGAAAAUCUGGAUUGAGGGUGUCAUGCCUUGGAUUGGGCACAUGGGUGACCUUUGGUGGUCAGAUCACAGACGAGAUGGCGGAACAGCUGUUGACCCUCGCUUAUGAGAACGGGAUCAAUCUGUUCGACACCGCUGAAGUCUACGCUGCAGGAAAGGCCGAGGUGGUGCUGGGAAACAUCAUUAAAAAGAAAGGAUGGAGACGCUCCAGUUUAGUAAUUACUACAAAAAUAUUCUGGGGUGGCAAGGCGGAGACAGAAAGAGGACUCUCCAGAAAGCACAUAAUAGAAGGUUUAAAAGCAUCUCUGGAGAGACUGCAGUUAGAAUAUGUGGACGUGGUGUUUGCAAACAGACCAGACCCCAACACGCCUAUGGAAGAGACGGUGCGAGCGAUGACCCAUGUGAUCAAUCAGGGAAUGGCUAUGUAUUGGGGCACGUCCCGCUGGAGUCCUAUGGAGAUAAUGGAAGCAUACUCAGUGGCACGUCAGUUUAACCAGAUCCCUCCUAUCUGUGAGCAAGCUGAGUAUCACAUGUUCCAGAGAGAGAAGGUUGAAGUGCAGCUUCCUGAGCUCUUUCAUAAGAUUGGGGUAGGCGCAAUGACAUGGUCUCCGCUGGCCUGUGGGAUCAUCUCAGGGAAAUAUGACAGUGGGGUUCCUCCAUACUCUCGCGCCUCUCUUAAGGGCUACCAGUGGUUGAAGGACAAGAUCUUGAGCGAGGAGGGCCGGCGUCAGCAGACGAAGCUGAAAGAGCUGCAGGCCAUCGCCGAGCGGCUGGGCUGCACACUGCCACAGCUCGCCAUCGCAUGGUGCCUAAGGAAUGAAGGAGUCAGCUCUGUGCUCUUAGGAGCCUCCAACACUGAUCAGCUCAUGGAGAAUAUAGGCGCAAUACAAGUCCUUCCAAAGUUAUCCUCCUCGAUCGUGCACGAAGUGGACAGCAUACUGGGGAACAAGCCCUACAGUAAAAAGGACUACCGCUCGUAGUGCGUAUGGAGCCCAGGGGUCGUCCUGCACCGAGCCCUUUGCCUGUUCCUCCGUUUGCUUGAGCUUUUACUGAAUGAGUAAGCAGCGCAUGAGACUGGCGGGUACCCCCAACCCUGCAGGGGAAGCCUUGUAGAAAAAAAAACAGGGAAAGAUGAAACAAAACCAAAACAAAAACAAAAAAAUAUAUAAACAAAAAAAAAAACUAGAGUCGUAUUCUCCAGGAUAAGAAAAGAGCCAGUUCUAGCCGGGGGAUAUGCACUCAUAGAGUAAAGCGUUAUAUGUUCAACUUCACAGAAUAAAAAAAAAAUUAAAUUAAAAACUGAAGUUGAUGGAAAAAAAUAGCACACGCUUGCUUGGCUGUCGGAAAUAAUCGGUUUUCCUCUUCGCAUUGUUUUUGAUAUUGAAUGCAUAUUUGACAAAAAAAAAGCAGCGCUUACAUUAAUAUGGGUAAUCAGUUUAUGAUUCAUAUUCACUCAUAAGGUCUGCUUGUUCAUUACGAACAUCGGUCAAAGAUUUUUUUAAGAGAACCAUUUACUGUGUUGUCUGCAUUAUGAUUGUACAAGCCCCUUCACGGAUUAACCAAUUAGCACUUUAGUAGCACAUCUGAGGAAGUGGCUAUGGGAAGCAUCGGUUUCUAACAGAAGAAUGAGCAUCAUCAGGAGUAAUCUCAGUGUUGCUUUUUUAUUCUUGGUAUACAGUGUUGGGUUUGUGUGUUUCCUGCUGACCCGAAAGUUGUCCAGUCCUGGCUGUUUAACUGAUCAGCAGUGUUUUGCCUGUACAGUACAGUAGGCAUGUUACAGUAUACAUGACGACUGUAGAUCUGCUGUAAGUGAUGGAGGAAUCACAGCCUACUCAUAGAACUUCAAACUAACUAUAUUUAGCUUGUUAACAGGUUUGUCAUGUAAUGGCCAGUUUCCAUUUAUGAGAUUUUCAUUCUAAAAGUGUUAAAACACUUUAAAAUAUUUAUGUACUUAGGUGAUUAAUUAUAAAUAGGGAAACAUUUGUAUAAAAGUAAAGUUCAUUUUAGGCAUUAGGCAUAGUCAGGUGGUGUUAUAGUCAUGUGCCGAUAAAGUAAACAGUAAAAAGGGUUGUUCACGGUUACACAUUUGUAAUGAUGCCUUUGAAUUGUGUUAUGCUUUGUUAUCUUUUAACAUCGACAGAUUGCAGCCUUCAGUAUUCAAAUAAUGAAUAAAUUUCAGUCAGUCACUUCUGGCCAGUCUGUCAGUGCACACACUGCUGAUCGAAACACAGACUGUUUACUGUCAUUAGCCUUCCUGUUAAAAAAUAAAGUAUAUGACUGGGUUGUACCAGCAGCUCAGGAACUGGAACAUAGGGUGUAUGAAUGUGGACUGGGUUAAGUCAGCAGCUCAGGAACUGGAACAUAGGGUGUAUGAGUGUAGGUGUGUGUGUGCGCAUGUUGUCUCAUUUUUGGAUGCUGGACAUUAUAGUUUAAGACCCAGAGUCUUUACACAUGGCUAAAGCCAAAGAUAUAUCCUAAACUCGCCUGGGACAUCUGGCUCUCCUAUAUCUGAAACUAAAUAUCACUAAGCAGCAUGGCUUUUACUUAGACUUUUAUAUCACCCACCCUGUCAUAUGUAUACUCAUUCCAUCCAAACCAUCUAAACAUACAUAUACAUAGUGCACACCAUAUGUUAGAAAGGGUAAAGUCUUACAAUUUAUCGUAUUUACUGAUAGGUUCCAAUUAAUUUAUAGUAAUAAGGCCACACUUAAUCCCAUCAAGACCUGUAUCCUAGUCAAGCAUAACAGAACUGCAUGAACUGUCCGUUUUAAAGCAUGCACUCUCCUCAGCCAUUACUGGGCUCAUAUACUUGGAAGAAAAACAUGCAUCAUGACAUUUUAACAUUCUUUGGUUGAUUAACUUGUACCUACAUUCUUACUUACAAGGUUCAUACAAGUUUUCACAAAACAGCUGCCCAUAUCAGAUCAUCAGCUGAGCUUCGUUUCUCAGUGCUCAGUUCUACUUCAAUUCAGUUUGUUAAUGCAUUUUAUUUUCAGUUCAUGGGAAAUGUGAAUGCGUGCACAUAUCAUCUAAAUAUGUAUGAAGUGAAACUGGAACAGCUCUUAUGCUUCACUUUGAUGCCGAUGCAGUCAGUUAUUUAUACUCACUAAGCACUUUAUCCCUUGUUUCGUCAAAUUAUUUGAAUUUAUUUUCGUGCAAAAUACACUUACUUGCCAGUUUAUGGACACCUACUCUGUACCUUGUAUGCAUUUGAUCAGGUACAUCUACCAUAUUCGUGCAUUUUGUAGCAGGGGCGCCAUGUUUAUUUCAUCUGCAAUAUUGCAACAACUCUGAGCAUCACAGGCAGCUAAUCAGGGAAAUGUAAGCCUCUAAUUACAUGCAUGAUGUCUGUCAAACGAGCAAGUUAGAGCACUUGUACCAAAUGUCAGCUGUUUAAAAACAGUUCAGGAUGUUAAACAGGAUGUUAAGACAAUAGAAACUACAUUUAUUGUAGGUCUUAUUGUACUGCUAAUAACUGGCAUUUUAAUGUUUUAUCAGCCAAUGAAAAUAUAAAUCUGUUUAAAAAUAAACCAUUGGCGAACAUAACUGUUAAAAAAAUAGGAAUUUAAGUAAAAGGAUAAAAAAAUUAAUAAUUGCUGAACCAAUAAAUAAGCUUCCUGAUUAAAGACACACAACCUGUCUUAAAUCUUUUCAUUUCUCAAACAUUUGUAGGCUAGUUAGACAGCAGAAUUAGCAGUUCUUAUUGUUCUCAAGCUCCACAGACACAAAGCUUUACUAUAUUAUCUUUCAUGCAGUCUUUGUUGAAUUCCUUUUCAAACUUGAAAAAAAAAAGAAAGGUACAUAUGCCCCCUCCUUAUAUGCAUUUAGCCUCUACUGUUUGUAUGCACUUACUGGCUGUAGCCCCCAGUAGUUAAAUGGGACCACCACAGGACAACCACAUGCUUUAAUGCUUUGGUAACGUUGUAUUGUACAUUUACUCACAGUUAAUAAAAAUGUGUAGUGACCCUGUGGUGUCCCGUACCACUGAUGGACAUGCUCAAAGGGGGCUUACAACUUUAGUUAUUACUAUAUGGUAGGUGUACCUGCUGAACUGGCAACUUUGGUGUAUCUACAUCACCAUGCAAGCAGAACCAAGUCCUUUUAAAUAAGGGGAAGACAUCUGACUUAAUAAUAUUAACAUACGUGAAUAUUUUUGGAAAGAGUGGUAUAAAUACUAGCUUUAGAUGUAAGAGUGAGGCAUCAGUUUCAAUGUUUGCUAGUUUAGUAAAGUAUCAUUGUUGAUCACUGUGCUAUAUACAGUAGAUACAGGUUCACCUCUUUGUUGCUACUGUAUUUGAAUUUUAAGUGUGGACAGCACAUCUGAAUGGAGAAACACUAGAUAAUGGCUUUGAGUUAAAAACUGUUUUACUUUGUGAAGUCUACUGUGGUACGUCUCGUAUCUUUGUGCGUUUAUGGUGUCGCCCUGUUUCUGUGUAAGAGAUUCUCAGGAAGGCAGGGCAUUACUGUUAACUGAAAAUUUGUGCCCACGUUUGGUUAUUAACUAGUGCUGCGUUUAAAAACACACAGACACGCGGUAGUGCUCAUGCUGUUCUCAUCCCCAAUAGCUGAAAUGAAACUGGGCAAUAUUUACAAUCACAGUCAUUUAAUGUUUAAGCCCUUUAUGUUCAUGAGUGGAGUUUGUAGGAACAUGUUUUUUUUUUUUUUCUGUCCUCUGAUUAUUUGUUAAUGUGUCAUUAAUGCCGGAGUGUAACAAAUACUGAUUGCGUGAAUAUAUCAAAUCAGACCUGUAGAUACAGGACGAGUGAUUAAUGAAUCAUUCAUUACUUUGCAAGAGAUUAUUUUUAUGUUCAGUAUUUUAGAGGGGCGAAAAUAGGAUUUUAUUUUUUUACCAUUCUCCGUUGCCCUGAUUUGAUAUGAACAUGAUUAUGAUAAAAUGGUACCGAGCAUAUAUUUGCACUGAAUAUGCAUUUUGAAGAACUGUAUAAUGUAUACAAUGGCUAGCUUACCUUUCCACUCGUUUGGGGAGAGAUACUGAUACAGACAGAUUAUCUGUAUAUAGUUUGACCUUUGUACAUAUUUACAUAUUAAUGGUUGUGAUCACUUAAGCCUUUUUUUUAACUUUCAUUAGCAGGCAUUGCUAACUGCAUUGUGCUUGAAUUUUAAUUUAGAGAUGUACAGCUUCAGUAUCUAUGAAAUGGAAAUUAUAAAAAAAAAAAAAAAAAUGAUGGCAAAUAUUA